UUUGGGCAGGAGGAGCGGAGCGGAGCGCUGCAGGUUAGCCACUCCGCUUUCCUCUGAUUGAGACCGAGCGAAAGACGUCCGCACAGGCGCCGCUCGGAUUUUGCUUCCUUUUCCAGCUGUCGAACUGUUCCCGCAUUUGGUUUUAAUAUAAAGUGUAUACAUUUUCUCCGUGGAAGGGUAGUUGAGGGGAAUGAGUAGCAGGGGAAAUCUACCGUGACUUUUUCGGAGGAGAAAGUGGCUCCCGGUGCCAACAGGGCAGAUAGUUGCUGUCGGAUCAUCACUGGGAGCUGGGGGAGAAGAAAAGCUAGCUUACUUCCUCUGUAUGUUGCCUAGACAAUAACACCACAGCGCCGAGAUGGACCUGAAGCUGCUCUUGAUAUCGUCACUGUUAGGAGUCUUUUGUUACAGUAAUGCUCAGAAAGAGGGGAAUGAGUGCAUCAAUGCCAAUGCCAAAUACUGCGGGGACUGCAUCCAGGCUGGAGCCAAAUGUGGCUGGUGUAAAGACCCAAACUUCCUGAAACAGGGUGAGACCGUGUCGACCCGUUGUGACGAGCUGCAGUCUCUGAUAAAAAGGGGCUGCGAUGACGCAAUGAUCGAAAACCCACACGGGGAACAGAAGACCCUCAAGAACAAAACAGUGACAAAUCGCAGAAAGGGGGCAGAGAAACUGAAGCCCGAGGACAUCACUCAGAUCCAGCCCCAGAAACUAAGCCUCACCCUCCGAUCUGGUGAGCCCCAGUCUUUCGACUUGAAGUUCAAACGAGCUGAAGAUUAUCCCAUCGACCUGUACUACUUGAUGGACCUCUCCUACUCCAUGAAGGACGAUCUGGAGAAUGUCAAGAACCUGGGAACCAGUCUGAUGCUGGAGAUGUCAAAGAUUACCUCUGACUUCAGGAUAGGUUUUGGUUCCUUUGUGGAAAAGACAGUAAUGCCAUACAUCAGCACCACCCCGGCCAAGCUGCUGAACCCAUGCACAGGCGACCAGAACUGCACGAGCCCGUUCAGCUACAAGAACGUCCUGAAGCUGACCAGCGAUGGCAAGAAGUUCAACACGCUGGUGGGCCAGCAGCACAUCUCUGGAAACCUGGACUCUCCUGAGGGGGGAUUUGAUGCCAUCAUGCAAGUGGCUGUGUGUGGGGAGCAGAUUGGUUGGAGGAAUGUUACUCGUCUGCUGGUGUUCUCCACUGAUGCGGGCUUCCAUUUUGCUGGCGAUGGCAAACUGGGUGGCAUCGUUCUGCCCAAUGAUGGAAAAUGUCACUUGGAGAACAACAUCUAUACCAUGAGCCACUACUAUGAUUAUCCCUCCAUUGCUCACCUGGUUCAGAAGCUGAGCGACAACAACAUUCAGACCAUCUUUGCCGUCACAGGGGAGUUCCAGCCUGUUUAUCAAGAGCUGAAAAAUCUGAUACCAAAGUCUGCAGUGGGCACCCUGUCUGCCAACUCAAGCAACGUAAUCAACCUUAUUAUAGAUGCUUACAAUUCUCUCUCGUCCGAGGUUAUUCUGGAGAACAGCAAGCUUCCAGAGGGAGUGACCAUAGCUUACACAUCCCGCUGCAAGAACGGAGUGGUUAGUGAGGGCGAAAAUGGACGGAAGUGCUCCAACAUCUCCAUCGGGGAUGAGGUCACGUUUAGCAUCAGUGUGACAUCUAAGGGCUGUCCGAAACAAGGCAAGCCCGAGACCAUUAAGAUAAAGCCCCUGGGAUUUACAGAGGAGGUGGAGAUUACCCUCAACUUCAUCUGUGAGUGCGAAUGCCACAAGGAUGGUGUCAAGAACAGUCAACUCUGCCACUUUGGUAAUGGGACCUAUGAGUGUGGAGCCUGCAAGUGUAAUGAAGGACGCGUGGGCAGACAGUGUGAAUGCAGCAGCAACGAUGUGGCCACAGAGGACAUGGACCGGACCUGCCGUAAAGACAACGGUACUGACAUCUGCAGCAACAACGGAGACUGCGUGUGUGGCACAUGCGAGUGCAAGAAAAGAGACAACCCAGAGGAGAGGUACAGCGGCCAGUACUGCGAGUGUGACAACUUCAACUGUGACCGCUCUGGAAACAAACUGUGUGGAGGGCAUGGACGCUGUGAGUGCAGAGUGUGUGUCUGUGACCCCAUGUGGACCGGAAGCGCCUGUGAUUGUUCUCUGGACAACAGCACGUGUAUGGCCAGCAACAAGCAGAUCUGUAAUGGUAGAGGAACGUGUGAAUGUGGCACUUGCAAGUGCACUGACCCCAAAUUCCAGGGUCCCACCUGUGAGACUUGCCCUACCUGUCCAGGAGUCUGUACUGAGCACAAAGAGUGCGUCCAGUGCCGGGCGUUUGGCACCAGUGAGAAGGACAUAUGUGAGAGAGACUGCAGCUACUUCAACUUGAUUAAAGUGAAGGACAGGGACAAGCUGCCCCAGCCCAACGAUGCCUCUUACCCUGUGAUGCACUGCAAGGAGAGGGACGCCAACGACUGCUGGUUCUACUACACCUACGCUGUCAAGAACAACACGGAGAAGGAGGUCCAUGUGGUCGACACGCUGGACUGCCCCGCUGGUCCUGACAUCAUCCCCAUUGUUGCGGGCGUGGUCGCCGGCAUCGUCCUGAUUGGCUUAGCCCUGCUGCUCAUCUGGAAGCUGCUGAUGAUCAUCCAUGACAGAAGAGAGUUCGCCAAGUUUGAGAAGGAGAAGAUGAAUGCAAAAUGGGACACGGGUGAAAAUCCCAUCUACAAAAGUGCUGUCACGACUGUGGUCAAUCCUAAAUAUGAAGGAAAAUGAUGGCGCCAUAGUUUUCAAUGAACUCUGCUAUCAAGUAUCUGACAACUGCAGUAUUUACUGUGGGUUUGGGGUCUGAGGGGAACUUGUGGUGGAAUCUAUGUAAUUCUUUCUUGUCGCUUUACCAUUAUAAUGUACCAUGCGGCCACCGCAUCUGUAUUUUUACUAACACUUAUGAUUUAUAUGCAUUUGUUGUAUUUUAGAUGUACAGUAUGUGUAUAUACUUUAAAAUUGCAUAUUUGCAGAAAUUAUGACAUGAAGGUGCUUUUUUCCUGCCACAGGACUGGUAUGGGAGGAGGAUUUAGCUUUUUUUUUUUUAACAACACAAUGUGGACACUAUGGAUAUAAAAUGUAUGUACAAGACUUUCUCAGCUUCUGUCUCUUUCUCAGACACUUCUCUGUCUUUCACUCCCUCUUCUCGUCUCUCUCUGUGCACUGAAUUCCUGUGUUUCUGUGUGUUCCAGACAGGACCUGAGUUUAAUAUGUAAAUUGUCAACCAUAGCAGCACAUUAUGUCAAUGUGUGUGUGUGUGUGUGUGUGUGUGUGAAAACAACUGCAAUGUAUUGAACAAUAUUUAGCAUUCAACUUAGAUUGGACAAUUACAUUGAAUCACAAUAGAUUAUGCAGUGACUGUAAAUGUAGUUUUGGACUGCAACUUGGAAACAUCCGAUGUUUAAGAUUUUAUUGCACUCUCAUUGAGUACUGUUUAUUCUAAAGGAGUAAAUACACAAGAUGAAGAUUAAUAUCAACUGUCAUUAUUUGAAUUGUUGAUAUACUAUCACAAAGGGACUGUAUACCACUUGUUAAAAUUAUGAAAUUGUGGCAAUGUUGAACAAUCAAAGGAUUUGUAUAGUUAUGAUAGAAGUUGCAAUUAACUAAUGAAAUAUUGUUGUAUUUGCUAACUGCAGUAACUUUAUUAGUCAUUCUCAGGUCCUUCCCUGUGUUCUUGUCAAGUACGCCAAAAAUAUGUUUUCUGUUGUUCAGUGAACUGGUGAGCUCAUUUGUGUGAGUCAGUUUUGUUAGUUACAUUAUUUUAGAUUGUAAGACUGAAACAAGACUAUUUGUUUAGAUGUCAUAUGAAUCACCUCUGAAAUGCGUUCACACCCAAAUGCCUCUGAAGUACCACACACACAAGCCUUUACAGUAUUGUUUUCAAAGUGCCUUUUAUUUCAAUACCAUGUUCUCUCCCAAUGCUGUUUAUGAGUUAUUUAUUAAAUAAAGUACCAACAACUGUC